GACGUUCCCCGAGCUGAGCAGCAGCGACCUGGAGCUGGGCAUCGAGCGGGGGAGGGGCCUCCCAGUGCCGCCAGGCGUGGCCCCAGGUGACCUGGACACCUUCGUGCGCUUCGAGUUCCCCCACCCCAGCCAGGAGGAGGCGCAGCGGGACAAGACCCCGGUGGUGAAGGGCACGGAUUGUCCCGAAUUCCGGGCGCGGUUCCGGCUGCGGCUGCUGCGCGGCCACCGGGGGCUGCGGCGGCUCCUGAGCCGCGGGAUCCGCCUGGAGGUGGCGCAGAAAGGGGGGCUGUUCCGGCCCGAGCGCGCUCUGGGCUCGGCUCUGCUGCGCCUCGAGGGGCUGGAGGGGAGCUGCGAGCUGCGGGAGCAGCUGGAGCUGCUGGAGGGGCGGCGCCGCACGGGGGCGCUGCUCGAGGUCUGGGUGCGGAUCCGGGAGCCGCUCGGGGCUCAGCGGCAGCUGGAGCCGCGCUCCGAGCGCUGGCUGGUGCUGGAACCGGCGCCCGAGGCCACCCUCUCCGCCCCCAAACCUCCCGCGGCUGCCCCGAAGGACGGGAACAACCGAGCCCUCCCGACGCUCCCGAGCCUCAACCUGCUGCAGUUCGACCGCGAGCGGCUGGAACGGAAGAUGGUUCCAACGCGCCCGGUGCCCCCCGAGCUGCGGCAGCAGCACCAGGAGCUGCUCCGGCGCAUCCAGGGGCUGCGGGCCCGGCUGCAGGCGGGGGACCCCCAAUUCCGCACGGAGUAUGCCGAGCACCUGGAGCGGCACCUGAGGCUCUACACGGAAGCCGCGCGGCGCCUCGGGAUGCAGGGGGAGAGGGAGGCAGCCAAGGAGGCUCUGUACAAACGGAACCUGGUGGAGAGCGAGCUCCAAAAACUCCGUGGAUGAGACACCC